AUGGGUGCUGUCUGCUCUUGCAUCACAUCAAUCUUCCAAGCCAUCGGCAGCUGCCUCAUGGCCAUCGUGAACGGCAUCGGUGCCGUCUGCCAGGCCAUCAUCUCCGGUAUCGUCACCGUCUGCGAUGUCAUCAUCUCAUGCCUCACCUGUGGCUACGUGGGAGGAAGACGACGACGGAGAGGAGCAGGAACAACAACAACAAGAUCAACGAUAUGA